AUGUUCUAUACAGCAGCAAAUCUACCAGCCUUACCCGACGCCAGCGUGUGGGGCCUGCUGAAGUUGAAGGCCGGGAACAAGAGCAAGCAGGCCAAAAAACUUGAACAGAUACAGAAGGAGAGCGCUCCCUUGGAAACUCCAGAUGCUAUUAAGAGCACCAGGAAUAAGCGCAGACUCCAGUAUAACCUAAACAGGCAGCAGCUGGAUUUAUGGAAAGGUCCCGUUCAUCAAAAUCGACUGGCUGACCAACUCGUCUUUCCUUUGCCAAGCAAUGCUGUUCAGUUUUCUACUUCCAAGGAAGCAAGGGAAGAGAAGUACAUAAAAGAAAUUGAGGCCGCCUCUUUGGACACUUCCGACCUACGUGGCCGUCUGUUCAGUGCCUUGUAUAAAAACAAUACAACAGCGCCUUCCGAACUGGACAAAGAACAGGCUGCAGACCUUGAGCUAGCUCGAAAAAUGUCUAUGAAAGCCUCUGAUCAGAUGAAACGGCGUCUGCGCGAGGUUGCCGCACUACGUAAAGCCAAAAUCCAGAGUCGCAUCAAGAGCAAAAACUAUCAUCGCCGCCUGAAGCGACGCAACAUGAAGGAAUUCGAGAAGGAGAUUGUACUUCUGCGACAGAACAACCCAAAGGCCUUCGCUGAGCGUCUUCUUGAGGUCGAAAAGAGUCGUGUCAGAGAGCGCGCUAGUUUACGACACAAACGUGGUGGAAAGUUUGCAAAGUUGCAACGCAUUCGGGCGAAGUACGAUACGGAGGCGAGGGAGGCGGUCGCUCAAAUGCACGAUCGGGGCGUCGAGUUAACGCGACGUCGGGUUGGCGGAAAUGACGAUGAGGAUGAGGACAGUGAUGCCAUGUCACUGGCCGAUUUGUCGUCCGAGGAGGAAGACGUGUCUGAAGGCGAGGUAUCUGACGCAUCUGAUAUGGAGGAAGAUGAACCGUCUGCAGUGCCUUCUCAUCUAAUUGGCUGGUGGGCGAAGCUUGAAGAACAAAAGGCACCUGAGAAGUCGGAGGACACCCCAGCUCCGCAGACCGCCACUCUUCUUUCUACUCUUGCCUCAGAUGACUUGCUUGGCCGGACAGCGAAAACAGGCAGUGGUGGCGGCGGCGGCGAUGCCUCAUCUGCUGCCACGGCCGAUCUCGAUCCCUCUGAUGAACAAUUUUUCAGUGCUCUACAGGAGGCCUGCGGUGAAGACGCCGACUUGGCCAAACAGUUUGAAAAGGAGAAGCUCGAGGUGGAGGAGGAGGAGGCACCGCAGGACCUGGAUCCCUUUAUCCCUGGCUGGAAUAGGUGGACGGGUCCGGGCACCGAGGCCCAGGACGAGGCCCUGCGUAAACGUAUGGUCGUGAAGGCGCCGAAACGAAAGCGGAAGGAUGCUAGGCGUACUAAGGUGAUAAUUCGUGAACGCGUCAAUGCGGACCUCAAGAAGCACUUGGUAAGUUGUAAGUGGUUUUACUGGGGUGGGGGUUUGCGGCCUGGACAAUAA